AUGUGUGUAUUUAUUUUAGUGUACUGGACGACUAAAAUUCACUGAGCAAAAUAUUGUGUUUAAAAAUGUAAAAACUGGCAAAGUAGAACAGUUAUUAACAUCUUCUGAUAUAGAAUUUGUUAAUUGGCAAAAAUUUGUCGAUACAUGUGGUAUGAGAAUCUUUUUAAAAAAUGGUAAUCUUCAUCGAUACUGUGGCUUCAAUGAGUCUGAUCAAGAUAAAAUUGCAAAGUAUUUUAAAAAUACAUACCGCUUAGAUAUGUUGGAAAAAGAAUUAGCCAUUAAGGGCUGGAACUGGGGUAGUACUAAAUUUAAUGGAUCAAUAUUGAGUUUUGAUAUUGGAAAUCUGACUGCUUUUGAAAUACCUCUCAACAAUGUAUCACAAUGUACUACUGGAAGGAACGAAGUAACAUUGGAAUAUCAUCAGAAUGACGAAACACCAGUCAGUUUAUGUGAAAUGAGAUUCCAUAUUCCAUCAGCUGAGCUUGCAGGUGACCAAGAUCCAGUAGAUGCAUUCCAUGAUCAAGUUAUGAAGCAGGCCAGUGUUAUAUCAAUAUCUGGUGAUGCAAUUGCUAUAUUCAGGGAAAUGCAAUGUCUUACUCCUCGUGGUCGUUAUGAUAUAAAAGUUUUUCAAACAUUUUUCCAACUCCAUGGUAAGACGUUUGAUUACAAAAUUCCAAUGAAUACUGUUCUUUGUUUGUUUAUAUUACCACACAAAGAUGGUCGUCAAAUAUUUUUUGUAGUCAGUUUGGAUCUACCUAUUAAACAAGGCCAAACGAGUUACCAUUAUUUAGUAUUAUUAUUUAACAUGGAAGAGGAAACAUCUAUAGAACUUCCAUUUACUGAUGAAGAAAUAGAAGCAAAAUAUGCAGGAAAGUUGACCAAAGAAAUAUCUGGUCCUACAUAUGAAGUUCUUGCUCAAGUCAUGAAAGCCAUUGUUAAUAGAAAAAUAACAACACCAGCCAGUUUUAAAGGUCACUCUGGAACAUCCGCAAUUGGCUGUUCGUAUAAAGCUGCUGCUGGAUAUGUUUAUCCACUCGAAAGAGGCUUUUUUUACUUACACAAACCUCCUAUACACAUACGAUUUGAAGAAAUUUUUACUGUUAAUUUUGCUAGGGGCGGUGGUAGUACUAGAUCAUUUGAUUUUGAAAUUGAGCUUAAAAAUGGAGUUAAACAUACAUUUAGUAGCAUCGAAAAAGAAGAAUAUGGAAGUCUGUACGAUUUUAUUAAUGCCAAAAAACUAAGAGUGAAAAACACUGGCAAAUCAGAUAAACCUGCUUAUACAGGAGACAACUAUGGUGAUUCUGAUAAAAAAGUCAAACCUGAUAUUUAUUUGGCCCGAGUUAAACGUGAAGGACAAGAACGUGAUGAAGAUGAUGAUGAUUCAGAUGAAGAUUUCAACCCUGAAGGACAAGAGAGUGAUGUCACUGAAGAGUUCGAUAGGAAUCCAUCAACAACAGAAUCAGAAUCUGAAAAUGAGGAAAGGGGUGGCGGUGACAAAAAAAAAGAAAAGAAAUUAAAAGAUAAAAAACCUAAAUCGGCUAAAACUAUUAAAUAUGAAGGAAAUGCAGCCAAAUCUAAACAAGAAUAUAUUGAAGCUAUGAAAAAAUUCAGAGAAUCUGGUGGUGGAACUGAAUCAUCUAGGGAGUCUAAGAAACCUCCGUCACAGAAGAAAGUUGCAACACCUGUAAAGAGUAGUUUAUUCAUUUCAAAAGAAUUUAUUGAGUCUGACGAAGAUUCAUCAAGUGAUGAUUGAAGCAAGAAUAUAACAAAAUCUAAGGAGGUCAGUUAAAUAAAAAAAAAAAUAACUAAUUCAUUAGGUAUUUUACACACAGUGCGAGGGAUGUAUUUUUACAUGUAAUUUAAUUUAAAUUGAAUAAAACAUAAGCUAAAAUAAUAA